AUGGUUGCAAAACUAUGUCAUCAAAUCAAUGCAGCAGCCAAGACCUUAGAAGAUGUGAAGAAUACCCUUACACCUGGUUUGACAAGGUGGUUGAACAAGAUCUUCAAGGGUAGCAUGAUUCAGGUGGAAUUGAAUGCACACCGUGAGGAUGAACUUGCAGAUCAUUAUCAAGCAAAUAGAUGUUGAAUUGUCAAAUCCUCCCGCAGGCAGGUGCAAGUAGGUGGAGUCCUCACUAUUAAGGAUGUCAAUUGCAAGAUCGCGACCUGUAGAGCAGAUGAGAUGAAAA